AUGCUAGGACAUCUAGGUUAUAAAUCUCAGCAAAGAGCGCUCGUGUCAAGAUAUUUGGGUUCACUUGAAAUGUCGAGCUCUCAUCUCUCUCCCACUUCUCCCACCCGUUCCGCCGGCAACGCGUCUGCGAGCGGCACGCCGCAGCAUGACAAACAUUUCACUAUCUAUUCGGACAAGAGGAAACAUGGUGAUCCUGGUUCCCUCGUUGGCUUGAAACUUCUUGUCGUGCUCGAAGAGCUCGACCUCUCCUGCGAACUAAUUUGCAAGCAGGACGUCGAUGAGGAGCCGCAUCAGCCGGUCACUUUGCAGGGUUUCAGCGACGAACAUCUACCUGUGUUGAUUGAUCACAGGCGGAAUAACCGCGCGGUAUGGGAGGCCAACACUAUCCUGUUGUAUCUUACGGAGAAUUACGAUCCGGACCAUAGGAUCUCUGUGGCUGACCCUAAGGAGAAAGCAGUACAGCUCAGAUGGUUGCUCUGGCAAGCUACAUGUGAACGACAGACCCUGUUAUCGAUUGCGCCCAUGUCCAAUGCAGUGUCGGACACUCGUUUUAAUACCGAGCAGUACAAGUCGCAAGCGCGACAUAGUUUCAGUGAACUAGAGAACGCACUUUCUGGCAAUGAUUGGUUGGUUGGUGGUAAGUGUACAAUUGCUGACUUGGCAUUCGUAGCAUUCGCCAUGGAUAGCGUUAUGACCUCCGAAGAAAUUUCAAAAGACUUUCCUGCCGUUUCGUCAUGGAUAUCGAGGCUGUCAACGAGGGCAUCGGUCAGACGUGUGAUUGGACCUUCACGCGGCGGCCACUCUUCACCACUCACGCGACUCAACUAA